GAUUGUACUUUGUAGUAGUACUAAAAAAAUCAGGUUUUUUGGAUUUUAUAACUCCUUUUUUUGACAAAUUAAUGAAAAAUAAGAAAAUAAUUGUAGAUUCAACUUACAAAACUAAUGCAUUAGAUUAUGAACUUUAUUCAGUUAUUGGCCAAUUUGAUGGUUCUGGUUUUGCGAUAGCAUAUCUAUUUGUUGAAAGAAAAAAUAAAAAAGAUGGUGCUGUAACAGAAAUUUUAGCAUUAUUUUUCGAAUCUUUAUAUAAUUUAGAAAUAAAUAAUGUUCAAUUUUUCUUUAUAGACAAGGAUUAUACCCAAAUUUUAGCUGCACGAAAAAUUUAG